UUCUUCCGGUAAAUGAGCACUUCCGGGUUCCAGUGUUUACAAAUGGGAGCCGAGCAGCGUUGAGACCGCAGAGCUGCAUCAACAACCUGGCUCAUGAAAACCCUCCUUCCGUGUUGAGAGCAGCAUGUGCGCGAGCUGCUCGGAGUCGCGCAGUCUGACGUGGCACAGGCAGCAGGGCUCCAUCAUCGGGAUUGGCUGCUAAAGAGUCGGACUUUGGAACCAACUAUGAAGAAGAAAAGCAGACGGCCAAGGGCCUCGGCAGCUUCGCGAAAGACCAGCAGGACGCAGGCAGCGGGGGGCGUCAGUGAGGAAAAGAGGCCGCCUGGAAACAGAGGGAGACCUCGGAAGGCCGCCCCCGCAACCUCGGGCAGCUUCUACCACGCUGCCGCCGCAGAGGACAGGACUGCAGACUGCAGUGUGGCGGCAGACCACGACGCACAAAAACAUCCAGAAAGCAAGUCCAGAGCUUCAGCAGGCCGUUUGUCGACGGCCGUCUGUCGGCUCUGUCAUGGGAAGUUCUCGCCGCGCAGCCUGCGGCACGCCUUCGACAAGUGGCCCCAGGAUUCCGUCGACGAGGUGGACGCAGCGGCCAAGUCGCCCCUUCUCUUCCACGCGGACUUCCAGCAGCUGGUCGGGGUCCACUUGGACCGCGACCCCCGCUUGUCAGAGUUCAUCUGCAAGAAAUGCCACUCCAAGUUCUACAAGUGCCACAGCAUCCUGCUCAGAUUCCUGCAGAGAGUCAACCUCCCACCUGUUGGGAAAGAGAACCUCAAAAGCUGGAAGAAGUGUCCGGAGGCCUCGAUAAACCACGCCUCAACAACACCACAGUCCUUCACCUCAGACCCAGAGUGCCUUCACAGCCUGGUGUCUUGGGCCCACCACCACGGGGAGGCCUGCCGCUCCUGCCCCAACCUGAGGGAGAUGCUGGAGGACCGGUGCUGGGGCUCCGUCAAGGCCGUUUGGGGUUGCGUCGACGGCCACAGGUACGUCAUGGACGCUCAGUGCGCCGCCGCCGCGAACCCCGGGUACGGCAUGGACUUAUACGGUGGAGCGUUGGGGAGCGGCAAUGGUGACGGAGCGAUGUCGGAAGAGGAGGAGGAAGAUGAAGAAGGGCAGCCCAGCGGGAAUGGAAGUAUAAGCACUCUGGCUCAGCACAGUCCACCUGCACUUGCUGUACAGACUCAGAGCUCAGCGCUGGCGGACUGGACCACCAACACAGAAGACUUCACAGGUCACGAGGGGGCGUUGUGUCCUGCGCCAGUCCAGCUGGAGGACAGGGCUGCUGACAGCGAUCUGUCUGACAGGUUCAUCUCCGAGGAUGACUUCGAGGGGGGCAGAAAAGGAGGUUUAUCGGACGACGAGAUGUUCGAGCCGUACUCGGACAAGAGAGCUCGCAGGGUGACCAUCCCCAGCAAGAGAAGGAGGAGUCCGAAGGCCCUGGUGGAGCCCAAAAUAAAGAAAAAACCAGGACCCAAACCCGGCUGGAAGAACAAGCUCAAACCUAAAGGAGAGGAGCUGCCCAACAUCUACAAGUGUCCAUAUCAAGGCUGCACCGCCGUCUAUAGAGCUCCUGAUGGUCUGAAGAAGCACAUCAAGGAGCACCACGAGGAGGUGAAGGAGCGACCCUGCCCCCAUCCUGGCUGCAACAAGGUUUUCAUGAUCGACCGCUACCUGCAGAGACACGUCAAGCUCAUCCACACAGAGGAGAGAAACUACAUUUGUGACCAGUGUGGCCAAACGUUCAAACAGAGGAAACACCUCUCAGUUCACCAGAUGAGACAUUCAGGGGCCAAGCCACUACAGUGUGAGGUGUGCGGCUUCCAGUGUCGCCAGCGAGCGUCACUGAAAUACCACAUGACCAAGCACAAGGCGGAGGCCGACCUGGAGUUCGCGUGCCUGAUGUGUGGGAAACGCUUCGAAAAGGCCCACAACCUGAACGUCCACAUGUCCAUGGUCCACCCGCUCAUUCAGGCCAAGGUUCAGAGAGGUAGCAGCAUGGAGCAGCAGCCGCCGCCCCCUCCGCCGUCGUACUCAGACCUGCACACCAUCGCUCUGACCGGGGAGGUGGUUCAGCAAGACCAGGACAGAUGACGGAGGGAGAGCGUCCACAUCUGCUGAACGGGGGACACGUGAACUGUGGGGGUUUCCCCAGCUCUGACAACCUGUGCUGUGGUUUUCACGUUCAGUAUCAUGGACUGGGCAAUACUGAUGGUUAACUCACUCUGCAGCUUAUUGGAUCAUCACAACAAACUUUAAUAAUUUUAUUUUUGUAGAUCUUGACCAAUCUGCUGGGCGCUUAGCAGUGUUCAUUCCAGACUUUCAUUUCAUCGUCGAGACCACCGUGUGCCACAAAUGACAGCUGUCCUGUCGCUGUUCGCUGCCGCCAACCUCGGUGAGAAAUGCAGCGCUGCGUUUUCUGUAACUGCUUCACAAUAAAAGCUUUUUUCUUUCUUUUUUG